AUGGCUUUGCUUACUUGGAAGUCUUGGAACAUUGUCUUAUUAAUCUCUAUGGUGACUGCCAAUGCGACCAUUGGAAAUAAAGUCACUUACAACGAGCUGAUUGAUAAAACGAUGACAAUCGUUCGAUCAUGUACGAUGUUCCAUGCAGACGACGCUCUUCUAUUAGCUGGGGAGUACCAUGAAUUCUUUCAACGAUCUCUACUCAACGAUCUACCGGUUGCAUUAAUCUCCGAAUCGAAAUCAACGGCGUUCGAGAUGUUCACUCUGGGCAAAUAUUCGUACACGAUAUACACACAGUUCUCUGUGAUAUAUUUGCUUUGGAAAUUGAACCAAUUCAUCGUGGUUGCAUCCUCGCAGCCAAUGCUUCAAUUGCUUCUGCAAAGGACAAAGGACUCUGGUUGGUCGAACUUCCAGGGUUUCCAUAUUCUGAUAGAUAGGAAAACCGAGCAACGCGGCUGUGUGAACGCUUACAAUUUCCUGUGGACAGCUUGGGAAUACGACAGACUUUCCACCAUAUUUCUAUGCAUCGAUCCGAUCGAAGGAAUCGUCCUUUAUACUUUUAAUCCUUAUUCGAGCAUCGCGCCAGAAGUUUGGAGGAACGUUGGACAUUUCCAUGGGCGCGGUGAACAUCCUUGGAUAUUAUUGAAAAAGAAGUAUAAUGAUUGGAGAACAUGCGAGGACUUGAUGUUCGACAAAACGAAAGAUCUAACCGGGUACGAGGUCCGAACGAACGCCAUAUCCUUCGAGCCGCAUCUUCAAAUAGACCCGACUAAACGAGGCUUGGAACAGUUCUCCGGUGACAAUAGCGAAAUCCUGAAAAUAGUGUUCAAGAAGUUGAACGCGAGCCUUCGCGUGCGUGUGUACACUGGAUCUCCGUAUAGUUUAGGAGGAAUUGGCAGUCACGGAACCAUGGUGGGAAUGAUGGCUGACUUGGCUACUGGUGAGGUGGAUAUAGGAAUGAACGCGAGGAGCCUGUAUAAUACAUGGAAGGUCGAACACACGUAUCCUCACGGAGACGACGGUCUUUGCGUGUUCACGCAACGAGCAGGAGAAAUAUCAGAGUUUACCAAGAUCAUGUCCUUCCUAUCGCCAGUUAUACACGCGGUCAAUGCUGUCGUGUUCGUGAUCGCCCUUCUGGUUCUUACGAAAUACCAGGGAUUCGUAAACGCUAGUAUGAAUAUAAUACGUUUGAUGACUUUUGGCGCCGUACAUAGAUUACCGGGAACCAAUUCCACCAGGAUCUUCUUCAGUAGUACGUUCAUAUUGUACUUGAUAGUGAACGCGCUGCACCAGAGUCAUUGGGCUUCGUUUCUUACUAUUCCUGUUUCUCUACCAAAUAUUAGAACAUCGGAGGAUCUUAAGAAGUCUGGCUGCCAAAUCUACGGAUCGAUGUUUCACGGUCAAGAGCUUCAGGAUCCCGAACUACAAUCGCGUUUCCACAAGGACACCUACUAUGCUUGCAAGGAGCACGUGCUUCGAUCGCGAUGCGCCGCCUGCUUAGGUGACUGUCUUCAUCAUUACAUGAGGAUCCGCAAUGAAAUGCGCCUUUAUCGAUCUAGGAAAAUACAGCAAAACUCGCUAGUGUUCAAGACCAGAGAGGAUUGGCCACUGCUUGCUUCUGUAACGCAAAUGAUUCGAAGAACGGUCGAAGGUGGAAUUAUAGAAAAAUGGAAGAAGGAGAGUACAAGAAAAACGCGCUGGGCGUGGAAGAAAAGGCAACUGGACAAAAAUAAAAGCUUCAAGACUUUGAAGAUGCGUCAUGUCUUGUUCAGCUUCUAUAUCCUGGCGGGUGGAUACGUUUUAGGGAUUGUGGCUUUUCUCGUGGAGAUCUUUAUGGGAAGGCAACGAAUUGACAAAUCCUCAAGAAAUCGGAAGCAUUGAACGAGAAGCAGAUUUUCGAUGUUAAAAUUGUUGGACGCAGUAGUUUUGAGACGAUUUUGUAUCCGGAGAACAUGAUAUCACAGGAGGUGGCACAGUUUCGACGAUUCUUGGGAAUGACGUCAUAUUUCAGAAAUUUUUCGAAGCCAGAAUUUUUUAGAUUUGGUUCAAAAUUUUGGGUCGAUUUUCCGAAGUGGCACAAUUCUGGCAAUUCUUGGAAAUGACGUCACUUUUCAGGAACAAUCGAGGCGAUUCCUGGAAAUGACGAUAUUUUCCAGGAAUUUCUCGGAGCCGAAAUCGUGAAAAUUUGGUCCAAUUUUGCAAUUUUGUAUCAGGAGAACAUG